AUGUUUGCGACUACAAUCUUUCACGAACAUCUCGCCAAUCUCCACGCAGAGAUACGAAAACUCUGCGUGGAGAUUGGGGACUCCUUGCUUUCGCAAUCAGUCCCCAAUCUACACAGACAAUCUCUGCCGUCACAAGAAAAUCCAACCAGAUUUUCCCGGCAGAACGAAGGUCUAGAUGGAAAUGGCCACACACGGGCCAAGCGUCCAACGCCGCGUCUGGCGUUUGAAAACUCUAACGGCUCCCAGAGAAAGCUAUCUGAUCUUGAGGAAGACUUCAUCUACGCAGCGGAGUUCGGAGACAUCCCAACGGUUCAAAGAAUUCUCGAGGAGAAUCCCUCCCUUAAUGUGGACUUCAGCGACAUUCUGGGACGAACACCCCUUCGCCUGGCGGUGGGCAACGAACACCUCGAGGUCGUAGAACAACUGUUAGACCGGAGCAAUUUGGCCAACAUUUACGAGGCGCUUCUUCAAGCCAUCAGUUCCGGUCACGAACACAUCGCUGAAUCAAUACUGAAACAUCCCAAGUACCAGGGCAUGAAAAAGGAACACAAACAUUUUGGAGAGACCGACCAUUUCUUUAACAAUGCCAAAGAAGAUUCGCCGUUUUCAGCCGACAUCACGCCAUUAAUCUUGGCGGCAGAAAGGAACCAGUUUGAAAUCGUACAGCUAUUGUUGCUACGAGGAGAAACGAUCAAAAAGCCCCAUCAUUACUACUGUAACUGUCAAGAGUGUAGCAAUAAGUUAGAAUUUGACCAGUUGAGGCUUGCAAAGACCAGAUUGAACGCUUACAGGGGUUUGUGUAGUGGGGCGUACAUUUCACUCUCAAGCAAAGACCCGAUCCUGACCGCCUUUGAAUUGGCACGGGAACUGCGUGGCGUUGCUAAGGUGGAGAAGUAUUAUAAGACCGAGUAUCUGGCGCUGGCAGAACAAUUGAGCGUGUACGUAGUACAACUCCUCGACAAAGUUCGGGGCCAUGAUGAAUUGGAAAUCCUCAUCAAUAAAACUGGACGUGACAGCGAGACAGAGUCAUACUCGCAGCUGGCGAGAUUGAAACUUGCGAUUCAGUACAAUGAAAAGAAGUUCGUUGCCCAUUCCAGCUGUCAGCAAAAGCUUGUCAGCAUUUGGUACUCGGAUUUCAGAGCCUUAGAGAGGUCUAACUGGUUUUUCCGCAUAAUGAUCGUCUCCCUCAUUACAUUGGCGUACCCUGUCAUGUGCUUCUUGUACAUAUUUGCCCCAAAAUCAAAGAUUGGUAGCUUUCUGCGGUACCCUUGCAUAAAGUUCAUCGGUCACACAGUGUCCUUCUUGGCCUUCCUCGUCAUGCUGUUGACGUCAAGCAUGGCGGAAAACCCGUCGUCCAAAGUUCCGUUGUCCAAUUUCACAACACAGUACAAAUACUACAGAGAAAACUACCAGAACUUUUCAAAGUUUCGUCUUCACGAAAACCAGCUUCUGCCAAAUGACUUCAAACUGAGGUCGUUUAGUCCGCAGAUCAUUAAUGUCGUGCUUUCAGUGUGGAUUAUUGGCAUGCUGUGGCAAGAGCUUAAACAGGUCUACAGCGAGGGCAUCUAUAAUUAUUUCGACGCUUUGUACAACUACCUUGACUUCACCGUAUUGACCAUUUACAUUACAUCAUUUACUCUCAGAUUCCUAACGCUUAUGAAGGUGAAAGAGGCACUUAAGUAUUUCGAGGACGUGAAUAGUUGGGAGAAGCUAAAGGUCCGAGAUGAUCACGCGGAAGAAGAAUUUUACUGGCUCGUAGCAGAUCGUCUGUACUGGGACAAGUGGGAUCCUCACAUCAUCGCAGAGGGACUGUUCGCGAUUGCAAACGUGAUGAGCAUCGCGCGUCUCUCCUACAUCUUUCCUGCCAACGAGCUGUUUGGCCCAAUGCAGAUUUCUGUUGCCAAAAUAAUUACGGAUGUUCUGAAGUUUGGUGCAAUUUUCACGGUAUUCUUCGUGGCGUUUUUUGUCGGUUUACAUAACCUAUACUGGUACUACCCGAAGGAAGUCCGUGGGGAAGUUGAAUUGGUUCCCACCCAUAAUUUGACAACAAAGGCGGAGGAAAACUUCGGAAUCCCUCAUAUAACCUUCCGCACGGUGUUCUGGUCGUUGUUUGGUCGCGGGGAGCCAGAGGCAGUUGAGGUUAAACAGUUCGACCACAUCUUCACGGAGACCAUUGGCUACUGGAUCUUUGGCGUAUAUAAUGUCUGUUCCGUCAUCGUGCUUCUCAAUAUGCUCAUCGCCAUGAUGUCCCGCUCGUUUGAAUUGAUCCAGGGUGAAGCCGACACAGAAUGGAAAUUCGCCCGAACUAAGCUGUACAUGGAGUACAUUAAAGAGGGCUCGACGCUACCCGUGCCGUUUAACGUCAUACCGUCGGUUAAAACGUUCUUUAACAUCAUCAAGUUCCUGUUCCGGUGUUGUUUCCCCUCUGAAGAUGGUGACGUCAAUGUGGCGCAUCCUGGACGAGUUGUCGACCUGGAAAUGUUUCCUAUGCCAACUAACAAUCAAAAGAACUCAACUUUAAGACCGCGCUCAUGGGACCAACAAGAACAGCAGCUUCCUGGUCAGGGCAUCAAACAUUUCCAGGAGAAAUUGCACACCACCAAUGGGUUUGUUCGAAACGACUCGGACCCUAAUAUAUAUUCAGAGAAGUUAACAUAUAAGCGUGUAAUGAAGAGGAUAGUUAAACGAUAUAUAUUCGACGAGCAGCGGGAAAGUGAUGCCAAUGAUGAUUUUGAUGAAAUCAAACAAGACAUCUCCAGCUUCCGGUAUGAGAUGUUGAACCAUAUAUCCGUGCGGCAGAUGGAGACCACCGACAACCGAGAACGCUUGGACCGCAUGUACCUUAAGAUGGACACCAUUGUGGAACAGCAAGGGCACAUAUUGCGGUUGCUAGGAGAUCGCGCGCAUGCGCACGAAGACGUUAAAAAAGAAGCAAACAUUGGUACUGACCAAACUAAUGGUGUUGAAAACGUGCUCAAAAGACAAGACUCUCUGCGCGAAAUGAAUGAAACGGACUUCAAAAAGCUCAAGUCUUCAUUACAUGACAUUCCUGAAGAAGGUCAUGAAUCGGUAGCCACUGUCGCCGAUGUUAAAAAAGAACUUUCUACUCGAAACCUUACAGAGACGAUGGGUUCUGAAGACUUUGUUGAGGCGGACGAAAGAACAGAUACAGUGCACCCGCAUGAUAUAAGCGUUAACGUUCAGAUCGCGCCUGCUUCCAAAUACAUGAGACAUGUGCGCUUGUAGUACGUUCUUUUUGCGACAUGGUUUUUCUUCUGAGUGUGGUGUAGUACCACUCAUAAUUAGGUUCUACAAUAAUUGUAAUCACGGAGUUUCAAACAAGCGCAUCUUCGUUAACAUUUCAAAUCAUGUUGUUUACAAUAUUGCAUACAUAAAGGUUCUACAAUUAUAUCAUAUAUUCUGCAUGUAUUUUAAUUUAAAGGUAAGCUAGUUGAUACCAAUUUCCCAUUUUAAGUUAUUUCCAAAACCAUGCAUAUUUUAUCAUGUAAUCCAAAAUUUAAUGUGAUAUAUAGGUUUAUGAAGCUGUUUUGUGUUUUUAUUUCUCACAAAGUCCAAAACGUUGAUUUGUCCGGUUUAUUUCUUACUUUAAAGGGAGUAUGCACGAUUUUGUCAAAUAUUAAUGAAUUUAUAUAAAAUGUGUAAAGAACUUAUUAUACAUAUAUUUCAAUAUUAAUUAAAAUAAAAGUUAAGAAGAACAUGUGUCGAAAAAAAUGCGAAAUAAGCCAUAUAUUUAAUUCUGAAAUCGAAAAUGUCUGUACAGUCGGAUUCGCCAGCAUGUAUAUCAUGCAUGUACGAUGUGAAUCUAAAUUUAGUUUUAGUGCAGAUUCGUUCAUACGACACAAAGACACAAUUUUGUUUCCAAACUUAUACUAGUAAAAGUGUCGGCAUCGGCUUUAAUCAGCCACUUGAGAAAUUUACUGAAGUUAACAAUAUUCGAUUUCUAGUACCAUAUACAGAGUGUUAAUUUAUGUUAUUUCGCAUUCCUAGGUCAUAUUCAUAUGUUGGUUUAAGAUUGCAAAAAUUAUUUGGUGACAUGGAAAUCAUGCAAACUCCCUCUAAAACUACCUUAUACUAUUUUAUUGUACUGCAAAUGUUCUGAGUUAAAGUCAUUUACAAUAUAUAAAAUAUAUAUUAUAAUAUGAUUUUCCUUUACGGACAUGUUUCAUUGAGCUACUAUUACUAUAAAACUUUUUUAUAUUUGUUUGUUUUAAUCGCUUUAAUUAGUUAAAUGUAGAUACCUUGCUCAUCAGUAUCUCCAUUGUAAAUGAUACUCUGUGAAUACCGCCACUGUAGCUUGUAGUUUUUUAGAACGAUCAAAGUUCAAAAAAGGAUUUGCGCAUGUUUCCUUUGAACGGGGAGACAGACACAUCAAGUCUGUCUUUAUUGUUAUAAAGCUGAGGUUUUAAUCGUUAUUCUUAAUGGAAGGUUUCGUUGUAUGUUUUAUAUAUAAUAAUGUUCAUAGUGUAUUUAUAAUAUUUUAUAUAUUCGUUUAUUAAACCCUUUGUUAAAUUAUAUAUAUUUUACACUUUUAUUUCUGAAAAAUAAACUCAUGAAAACCGGUGUGUUCAUCAGCUGCCAAGCAAACGGCAGACAUCAAAUCAAACUAAUCUACAUAUUUUCAAAAACCAUUCUCCCACCCCAUAUAUGGGCUGAUUUGAACUCACACAUGCAUGAACUAUUUGUUGUAUUGUUUGUUCAAUACUUGUGAUCGGGAUACACUGCAAACUUUUACAUAUAUUUUGCUCAUUCGCCAUUUCCAAUCAGAGGGUGUAAUCACGUGACAAACAAGAUGGCGACGUCCAUGCCGAGACAGCCAUUUAUUCCCCGUCGUAUACCCUUUAUUUCUUUCAUUAAUGGUUAAGAUGCCGCUCACGUUCUAGCCAUAUCGGCAAGAAAAGGAUUAGUGUUUAUAUCGUAUAAUAUUCGCUCUAUAUCUCGACUUACCUCGCUGGGAAAUUUCUUAGCGGGUAACAAAAUUACAGUUCCCGCUAAGAAAAUUCGCAGCGAGUAAUACGAAAUAAAUGUUAAUCACGUUCUUUCUGAUAUCUUUGGAAAGUGAGCGGCUUUUACAAAAUAAAUACAAGUAAUAAAGGGUAAUAAACCGCGAAAAUUACCUGUCUCGGCAUAGAUGUCGCCAUCUUGUUUGUCACAGGAUUACCUCAUCUGCCAAUGCGUUAUGUUUGAUAAAACCUCUAGCAAUACCAUUUGACAUCAGAUGAGAUGCU